CGACGCAUGAACGUUAUCGAGGGAAAGCUCGGUUCGCGGGAUAAUGCGGGAAAUAAAAUAUACAUUUCUUGAGUCAAAGCCGCGGUUGGAAAGGGGAGGGUUUUAGUUUACCGGUAUUCGGGAGUUGUCUGGAUUGUAAAGUGCCUCAAUUUUCCGCCAUCGAUUUCGGCCGGAGUGAAGGAGGAAGAUAAAGGACCGUUGACGAGGACCACGCGCAAGGAAAAUUAUUUCUAUAUUUCGUACGGGGUGAAAUCGACGCAGGCGCCGGAAAACCCAAUAUGGCGGAGGACCCGGAGCUUGGAGAUGAGAUAAUUGUGCGAUUUGAUUUUUAAAAAACUGCUACCUCAGCGCUGUCGAACUAAAAAUGAAUUGAACGACUAUCGCUUCUAUUCGAAAAAUUGUUCCGCAUGAAGGGGGGGAAAAACUAACGUUGAAACAUGGACUGUGAAAAUUAUAUGGCCAUGUUCAUCCCUCUGUUCGCUACCUUCCUCGCGAUAUCUGACGCCCAAUUAUCGACGAAGGAAUUACAUCGGACUCAUGCGGCAUCCGAGAGAGCGAACGAUCUCUGGUGUUACCAAUGCGACACGAUGGAAGAUGGCGAAAAGUGUGGUGAUUUGCCUGGAAAUCACAGUUCUCUGAUGAGGAAAUGUAAAGAUGACAAACGCAUCUGCAUGGUAAAGAGAUUUUCCUACACAACGAGUACGGAAAAUUCAACGUCAGUUCCGAUGAUGUGGUCGUUGGAAAGGAAAUGCACAAACAAAUGCGAAGCUGGAUGCAUAAUUAUCGGAGAACGUACGAAGUUGUACGCGUGCACAGCUUGCUGCGAGAAGAACCUUUGCAACACCGGGAAGGGGAGGGCAACCGAUCUGACGCAAAAUAAUUUAGGAUUCUUUCUCGCACUUAUACUUCAAGCGGUAUUAACCGCCAUAAUGUAUCCAUCGUGACGACUUGAAUAAUAAAAAGCGAUUUACAUAUCUGA